AUGAAACGAGUGUAUUUUGCUCACGAUCGGUUUGGACGUAGGAGUCUGCUGUACAGAAGGUGGGGAGGGGACAAUGGGGUGGACAUAGUUGCGAAUCUAGCGGGGACGGAGGUGACGUCGACAUCAUUUUCAGAGAGUGACUUGACUCGCUUUGUGUUGAGCAAUGUGGCGAUCGGAGAGAAUGAUGGAGACUUGUCGAAAUAUCAGGAAUUACCUGCGUCUGGUGUCUACGUGCUGGAUCUGGCAGCCUGUCAGUCGAAUACUGAAGGGAAACCAUCGUACAGAAUGGAAUUCCAUCCGUACUCUCCCAUCGUCCGAACACCCACGGUACCCACGGAGACAUCAGACUACGUCUUGGAUCGUUUCGGUGCUAGACUUCCUUGUCCAGAACUAAUCGCUCAACAGGAUGCAGAGACGCUGCAAUCCUCUGCAUGUGCGCUCUUACUAGCGCUCAGCAAUGCUGUUGGUGUCCGAGUACGGUCCAUUCCAUCGACAUCUACUAUAGAUGGGAUGUCUUCAGUUCGAGUGGCCGUGCUCUUCUCGGGAGGACUGGAUUCCGUGGUUCUCGCAGCAUUGAGCCACUUUCAUGCUCCCAAAAGCGAACCUAUUGACCUGCUGACAGUCUGCUUCGAUGAGACUUCGGGAUUUGCCUCACCCGAUCGUCGUGCGGCUGAGUUAGCGCACGCUGAACUUUGCUCUUUAUUCCCAGAUCGUCAGUGGAAUCUGGUCAAAAUAAAUGUGUCACGGACAGAGCUCUCGAGUACGCAACACGAGGUGCUGGCGCUCAUGGCGCCUUGUGAUACUCACAUGGAUUUCAACAUCGGCGCAGCGUUUUGGUUUCUUUCACGUGGUCAGGGAGAGUUGAAAAAAUCUAAAACCACAGAUAACGCGACGUUAGAAGAACUGAAUGCGUUUUUGAAUCCUCAGAGAGCUGAUCUUCGUGAGUUAGAGACGGAGGUUGCAGCUCUUGGACUGUUUGAUCAGACUACCAACGACACCCUGUGCCCAGUAUACCGCUGCGGUCGUAAGCGGAAGAGUGGAUGUGUACUUGGUGUAUGUAAGAGCUGCUGCUUCAAGAUACAACGAGCUGUGGAUAAAAUAAUCCCUCGUGACAUUGGCGAGGGUGUUGACCAGAGAGAAGCCCAGGGUUGUCGUGCCAAGUUGGUGUCCAUGGGCUUUCAGUCCGAAGCUCAUAUUGAUCUUCUAUUGAAUCUACUAGAGACCAAGCGUGAAGAAAAAGACCCGAUAGUUGGUACUAUUGCGCUGCAAAAUCGCUGCUGUCGGGUGCAUCGCAUCAAGCAGGAUCAAGUGAACCAGCUCUCCAAUUCGGCUCCAACUUCGGCAGUUAAUGGUAAAUCUACGUCAUCGUACGAGUAUCAGACUAGCACGAGAGUGGUGCUGGUGGGUAUUGGCGCAGACGAGCAACUCGCAGGCUACGGACGUCACCGCACAACGCUGAUCAAUGGAGGAGAAGCAGCGCUGCGAGCUGAACUUCAAAUGGAUCUGGGUCGGAUCUGGAAGCGUAAUCUUGGACGUGACGAUCGCUGUAUUGCUGCACACGGACGAGAAGCUCGCUUCCCAUUCCUUGACGAGCACGUGGUGUCGACUAUUGCCACAUUUCCAGUCUCCAGUCUCUGUGAUGCUGAACUGCCUCGUGGUGUUGGGGACAAACGCGCAUUGCGUCUUGUAGCUAGGACUCUUGGACUUAGAAGUUGCGCUGGACUAGCGAAGCGGGCUAUCCAGUUCGGAUCCCGGAUCGCUAAGGUUUCGAACAACGGCAGCAAUCGCCAAACACAAGGGAUGAACAAGUUUUCGAGCGUGGAAUAAGGAACUUGGGGGGUUCGAAGUGAGGAUGGCAAAUUCAAUUUGAGUCUCCUGCUUUAAGGAAUAGUUGACGAAAUUUAGCAGAAUGGUCUUGAGUUAUCAAGUAAUACAACUAGACUUAUCUG